AUGAACGUCUCUUUCUUCGACGUGACCCAGGGCGCGCUCUUUAACGGGAGUCAGACCCUCGCCGGUACCCUGGCGACGUACUCCGGUAACGGCACCGACGACGUGGUGACCGGCGACGGCGGUGGCUCUCUGGUGAUGCAGGAUGAGCGCAAGCUCUUCAUAAUGCGAGUUGUGCAGAUUGCGGUGCUGUGCGUGUUGUCGCUUACCGUCAUGUUUGGCAUAUUUUUCCUCGGGUGCAACCUGAUGAUCAAGUCGGAGAGUAUGAUUAACUUCCUGGUGAAGGACCGGAGACCCUCCAAAGACGUGGAGGCAGUCAUGAUCGGACUCAGCUAG